GAGGCAGUAAACCCAGCGCCCUGCCGCUCGUCGCUCUUUUCUCUCUGAGAGUCUGUAGAGCGUGAGGCCUCUCCUGUCUGUCUCUCUGAUCUGACCUGUCUGUCUCUCUGAGAGUCUCCAUCAGCCACCAACAUGAUCAUCUACAAGUGUUUCAUCUCCGAUGAUGAGAUGUUCUCGGACACCUUCAAAGUCAAAGAAUCUGCAGAUGGUCUCUUCUACGAAGUUGAAGGAAAGACCGUCACCAGGACAGAAGGCUUCGACGAGGCUCUGAUUUCGGCCAAUGCCUCUGCUGAAGAGGCCUCAGAGGGGACGGACUCCAGCAGCGUCUCUGGCGUGGACAUCAUCCUCAACCACAAACUGCAGGAGACGGGUUUCAGCAAGAAGGACUAUCUGAAAUACAUGAAGGGCUACAUGAAGGCCGUUAAGGCCCGGCUGGAAGAGACCAAUCCAGAACGGGUGGACGAGUUUGUGUCAAAAGCCGAACCAGCCAUUAAGAAGAUCUUGGCAAAGAUUGGUGACUACCAGUUCUUCACAGGAGAGUCCAUGAACCCAGACGGCAUGGUGGGACUGCUUGACUACCGCGAGGAUCAGAUCACACCGUUCAUGCUUUUCUUCAAAGAUGGUCUGCUCGUUGAGAAAUGUUAACCUCCCCAAACUACAUCUGCUUUUCAAUUGGCUGCUGCUGACCAAAUGGCCCCAAGAGCGGAUGAAGGAGCACUAUUCUGCAUCAUGCCUAACGGAAACAUUCGUACUAUUUCUUCAUAUAUUCACAUUAAGGCCCAGAGCACCAGGCCGAGGCUGGCUCAACCAAACCUGAUCGCUCACUCAAUACAGUUUUUAAUUUUUGGCUUUUUGCAGUGUUUGGUAUUGGCCCAGUUUUUUUGUGGUUGAAAACAAAAGGCAGGACAGUGACUGAAACUCUUACUGGAGAUGGAUAUUCUUAUUUUAGCAAUGAUCUAUUAUACCUGUUGACCUCCUCAGACCUCUUGAAUACGAUUUCAUCUACAAUAAAGAUACUUCUGGUUUAAUUUUGAAAAUAAAAUCUAGUACCACCAACUUC